GACUUUUUCAGCAAAUCAGAUCCUUUUCUAGAGAUCUUCCGGAUGAAUGAUGAUGCAACCCAACAACUCGUUCACAGGACUGAGGUUGUGAUGAAUAACUUAAAUCCAGCCUGGAAGACCUUUAAAGUGUCUGUGAAUUCUCUGUGCAGUGGAGACCAGGACCGCAGGCUAAAGUGCAUCGUGUGGGACUGGGAUUCCAACGGAAAGCACGACUUCAUCGGAGAAUUCAGCUCAACUUUCAAGGAGAUGCGAGGAGCCAUGGAGGGAAGACAGGUGCAGUGGGAAUGCAUUAACCCUAAGUACAAAGCGAAGAAGAAGAAUUACAAGAACUCGGGCAUUGUUAUCCUCAACCAGUGCAAGAUCCACAAGAUGCAUUCUUUCUUAGAUUAUAUCAUGGGAGGCUGCCAAAUACAGUUUACAGUAGCUAUAGAUUUCACGGCGUCGAAUGGUGACCCUCGGAACAGCUGCUCGCUGCACUACAUCCACCCCUACCAACCCAACGAGUACUUGAAAGCCCUGGUUGCUGUUGGUGAGAUUUGCCAGGACUAUGACAG